AGAAGUGAAACGGAUCCUCUGAUAGGGAAGUACUGCGGCAGCUCCCUACCCGCUCCCAUCCGCUCAUCCUCCAACUCCCUGUGGAUCCGCUUUAAGUCUGACAGCUCAGUCAGCCGAGCCGGCUUCAGGGCAGUCUACAGCGUUGCCUGUGGAGGAACCCUUUCUGGGACUGGGACAUUCCGCUCUCCUUACCACCCAGACCCAUAUCCCCACAACAAAGUCUGUGAGUGGGUCAUUAACCAGCAGGAGGGCUAUGUGGUCACACUCAAUUUCCUGUCUUUUGAUGUGGAAGGAGGAUCCUGCAGGUUUGACUUUGUUGAGGUCAGGGAUGGAUCUACUCCUAGCUCUCCUCUGCUGGGGAAGAUCUGUGGGGACCAGGUUCCUCCAAGGCUCCAGUCCACACAGAAAUCCAUGUACAUCCAGUUCAGCACAGACUCGUCUGUCAGCAACCAUGGCUUCCAAGCAGCCUUUGACUCGGCCAUUGAGGGCUGUGGUGAUACUCUGACCAGUCCUACAGGAACCAUUACCAGCCCUGGCCACCCAACAAGCUAUCCCCAUGGCGCUAACUGUACCUGGUACAUCAGUGUUCUACCAGGAAACCUCAUACGGCUGUCGUUUGAUUCCUUUAAUCUGGAGUACCAUCUGAACUGCAACUAUGACUACCUGGAAGUUUAUGAUGGAACCGGAACAACUGGGAAUAUGACUGGGAGGUACGACAGACGCUCACAGAGCCCAUGA